CAGAAACUACUUCAAAUCUUUUUCUUGUCUUUCUCUGUCUGAUUCUCUCUAAUCAUUCCUUUUUUUAUUGAUUUUUUUCCUUUUCUAAUUCAAUUGUAGUAUCUAACCAGUUUCGAUUUUAUCACUACCCUUUAUUUUAUAAAUUAAGAAAUUCGAUAGAUAAAGAAGAUACGUGAAAUAAAAAGAGAAAAUCGCAACAAUCUCAGCCGUUCAUUUGAGUUUCGUUGGCUCUCAUCGAGGAAACUUAGCUUCCAGAAUUUGCUUUGAGGAGUGAUUUCAAUCCAUAUGGAACAUCUCAGUGUUCCUCCAUCAGAAUCUGAGAUCAAAGAGGAUAUGUCACUGAAGAAUCAUCCUCCAGACAAGGAUAAGGACAAGGACACGAACAUGGAACCACCUAAUAGUCCACGUCAUCGGAAGGUUCUUGCUAGAUGGUUACCAGCUGAAGCGCAGAGGCCAAUAGUUGAUGAAGCUCCGGUCUUCUCCCCAUCAUUAGAGGAGUUUGAAGAUACACUUGCUUACAUAGAAAAGAUACGGCCACUAGCAGAGCCAUAUGGUAUCUGCCGAAUCAUCCCACCACCGACAUGGACUCCUCCUUGUCGGCUCAAGGAGAAGAGUAUAUGGGAGCACACAAAGUUUCCCACACGGAUUCAGAACGUGGACCUGCUUCAGAACCGUGAGCCCAUGAAGAAGAAACCCAAGAGUAGGAAACGGAAACGGAGAAGAAACUCGAGGAUGGGUUCAUCUAAGAGACGAUCCGGCUCUUCUUCUCCCUCUGAGCCUGCUUCAUCUCCCGAGGCGGAAGAGAAGUUCGGGUUUAACUCUGGCUCUGACUUCACUCUCGACGAGUUUGAGAAGUAUGCUCUGCGUUUUAAAGACUCGUACUUUGAGAAGAAAGACGACAAUGGUGGAGAUGCAAAAUGGACACCGUCCGUGGAGGAAAUAGAAGGCGAGUAUUGGCGGAUAGUGGAGCAACCAACAGAUGAAGUUGAGGUAUACUAUGGAGCUGACUUGGAGAAUGGGGUACUUGGAAGCGGGUUUUACAAAAAACCGGAAAUGUUAACCGGUAGCGAUAUGGAUCAGUACGUAGUUUCUGGCUGGAACUUGAAUAACUUGCCUCGUCUCCCUGGCUCAGUACUCUCUUUUGAGGACUGUGAUAUCUCCGGAGUUUUAGUCCCAUGGCUCUAUGUGGGAAUGUGUUUUUCAUCAUUUUGUUGGCACGUGGAGGACCAUCAUCUAUAUUCACUAAACUAUCAUCACUUUGGGGAGCCAAAAGUAUGGUAUGGUGUUCCCGGAAGCAAUGCAACCGCUCUCGAGAAGGCGAUGAGAAAACAUCUUCCUGAUUUGUUUGAAGAACAGCCUGAUCUACUUCAUGGCCUGGUUACUCAGUUUUCUCCUUCAAUUCUAAAAGAUGAGGGAGUCCAGGUUUAUCGUGUGGUUCAGAAUUCAGGGGAGUAUGUACUUACGUUCCCGAGGGCGUAUCAUGCUGGAUUCAACUGCGGUUUCAACUGUGCAGAAGCGGUUAAUGUAGCUCCGGUUGAUUGGUUGGCUCAUGGACAGAACGCUGUGGAGCUAUACAGUAAAGAGACAAGGAAGACUUCUCUGUCUCACGACAAACUUCUCCUCGGAGCAGCUUAUGAAGCUGUUAAGUCACUUUGGGAACUCUCAGAUUCUGUGGGAAAUGAAAACGCCACAAACCUGAGAUGGAAGAGUUUCUGUGGGAAGAACGGAACACUUACCAACGCGGUCCAGGCACGGUUACGUAUGGAAGAGGGAAGAAUUGCAGAUCUUGGAAUGGAAUCUUCGAGUUUAGUGAAGAUGGAGAAGGACUUUGAUCUAAACUGUGAAAGGGAAUGCUUCUCAUGUUAUUAUGAUUUGCAUCUCUCGGCUUCUGGCUGCAAGUGCUCCUCCGAAGAAUACGCGUGCCUUAAACACUCGGAAGAUCUCUGUUCAUGUGAAGAGAAGGAUCGAUUUGUCCUUGUGCGUUACACCAUGGAUGAGUUAAGCUCGUUGGUCAGAGCAUUGGAAGGGGAAUCAGAUGAUCUGAAGAUAUGGGCUUCCAAGGUCUUAGGCAUUGUUGAUGAUGAGGCAAAGAAUGUUAUUAGCGAGGAGAAAAAGCUAAAGGAAGGUUCGUUUGAUCUGAACAUCGACCUAGAGUUGGAUUCUCACGAGGAGCUUAAAGAAGAAGCCAGCACCAGUGGCGAGUUAACCCCUUCAGAGAAGUUUGGUGUAUCGGUCGAGCCUAUAAACCUUGGUAUCUUGAUUUUUGGAAAGCUUUGGUGCAAUAAGCAUGCUAUAUUCCCAAAAGGAUUCAUGAGUCGUGUCAAAUUCUACAACGUGCUUGAUCCAACAAGAACGAGCAAUUACAUCUCCGAGGUUUUGGAUGCAGGACUCAUGGGCCCAUUGUUCAAGGUCACUCUAGAAGAAUCUCCAGAGGAGAGCUUCUGCAAUGUCUCGGCUCAACAAUGCUGGGAGAUGGUGCUGCAGAGAGUUAAAGAUACGUCUACAAAUCUUGGUCUUGCUACUUCUUCGCGGUUUGAGAGUAUCAACGGGCUUCAAAUGUUUGGUUUUCUCUCGCCAUCUAUAGUUCAGGCCAUCGAAGCACUUGACCCGAACCAUAGACUCGUUGAGUACUGGAACCACAAGAACCAAACUUCAUCAUCCGAGUCAAAAGAUCACUUCAUAUCAUCAAACUGCUCCGUGAGUUUAACCAAAGGAAAACUUUUCGGAGUAGAUUUGAUGUAACAAGCUCAAGAGCAAGCAGCCAACAACUCAAGAGCAACAAGACUGUACCAACUCCGAGACAAAGACAGUGACUACCUUUUAGAUAGAUAGAGAAGCGACUUCUUUUUUCUGAUAUUUUUUUGGGAGCAUUUAUUCAAAAUCUUUUGUUCUUUUUUUUCCUCCGCAAUUUUCAAAUAACCUAACCUUAGUGUUAGAAGUGUAAAAACUAGGAAAGUUCAAUUCUUUCGCUAAUGCGAUCUCUUAAUAAUAA